GACGAUCUUCCUUUCUAGUUAAUCUAUUUGAUAAAUCCGGAAUGUAUUUUAUACACAUUUAAAAAUGAAUCUUCAAAAUAUUUACCUCACUUGAGAUUUGAAAGAUUUAACAGUCGUCACAGGGAAAAUGAAGCCUUGUAGUGUGGAUCUUCAGGUUUGCCGGCGCAGCCAAAUAUAUUGACAAAAGCACAUUGAUUAAUGCUGAAAUCCAACAAGUCUGGAGAAGUGGGAACUCAACAAGAGCAAGUGAGCUCAAACAUAAAUAGAGGCAGUGAGGCAGAAGGAGAUCUGUAUGUUUCAUCUUCAUCUGUUGUUUGUAGGAUGGCUAAGUUGAGCAUUAGCGAAGGUGAGCCCCUCGAAAUUGAGCAGGCUGAGAUAGGAAGGAGCAUCAGAUCUUCAUUUCAGAAUGCCGUAUCGAGUUCUCGAAGAAGCUCCAGUGUUGGUUCCUUUAGAGUUCAAGAUGAAGAUGAAUAUGAGUUGACUUGGGCUGCCAUUGAGAGAUUGCCAACCUUUGAACGGGUAAGAACAUCUCUAUUUCAUCAUUUAGAUAAUCAAAAUGGAAGUUCAGAAAAAAGUGGGAAAAAGCCAGUUGAUGUCACGAAGUUAGGAGCAGUGGAAAGACAUUUGCUUAUUGAAAAUAUGAUCAAGCAUAUUGAAAAUGAUAACCGCCAUCUGUUGCAGAAGCUGAGAGAAAGAAUAGAUAGAGUAAAUGUGAAAUUGCCCACAAUUGAGGUGCGAUACAAGAAUUUAUCUGUUGAAGCAAAAUGCCAAGUCGUGGACGGAAAGCCCCUGCCGACUUUAUUGAAUACCGCAAAGAGCGUAUUAUCAGGUCUCAUAAUGUUGCCAGGAUUGAAGACAGAAACCAAGAUUCACAUUCUCAAAGAUAUCAGUGGAGUCAUCAAGCCUUCCAGGAUGACUCUUUUACUUGGACCUCCAGGAUGUGGCAAAACAACCUUCCUACUAGCUCUCUCAGGGAAAUUAAAUAAAUCUCUCAAGGUCAGAGGAGAAGUAUCUUACAAUGGAUUUGCCUUGGAAGAGUUUGUUCCAGGAAAAACAUCAGCUUAUAUAAGCCAAUAUGACCUCCACAUUCCAGAGAUGACAGUGAGGGAGACAUUGGAUUUUUCUGCACGCUUUCAGGGGGUUGGUAGCCGAGCAGAGAUAAUGAAGGAAGUGAGUAGAAGAGAGAAGCAGGCAGGAAUCAUACCAGAUCCUGACAUAGAUACAUUCAUGAAGGCAAUAUCAGUUCAAGGAUUAGAAAGAAGCCUCGUAACAGAUUAUAUCAUGAAGAUAAUGGGGCUGGACAUUUGUUCAGACACAAUGGUAGGGGAUGCUAUGAGAAGAGGUAUUUCAGGUGGUGAAAAGAAAAGACUGACAACAGGAGAGAUGAUUGUUGGACCAACAAAUGCUCUUUUUAUGGAUGAAAUAUCAACCGGCUUGGACAGCUCUACAACAUAUCAGAUAAUUACAUGUCUCCAUCAAUUUGCACACAUAACAGAAUCUACUGUUGUGGUUUCACUUCUUCAGCCAGCACCAGAGAUCUAUGAACUCUUUGAUGACAUUAUCUUAAUGGCAGAGGGAAAGAUUGUUUACCAUGGUCCUCGCAGUCAUAUUCUUGAUUUCUUUGAAGAAUGUGGAUUCAAAUGCCCCGAGAGGAAAGGAGUAGCUGAUUUUCUCCAGGAGGUGUUGUCAAGAAAAGAUCAAGGGCAAUACUGGUCUCGUUCGCAUGAAAACUAUAGUUAUGUUUCUAUAGAUCAGUUAUCAAAACUUUUCAAAUCAUUUCAAGUAGGAAAAAAGCUAAGCGAGGAACUGUCAAAGCCUUAUGAUAAGUCUCAGUGCCAUAAACAUGCUCUAUCUUUCAACAAGUACUCUUUAUCAAAAUGGGAACUACUUAAAGCUUGCAUGGAAAGAGAAUAUCUCCUGAUGAGAAGAAACUCAUUUAUUUACAUAUUUAAAACAGCCCAGCUUGCUAUGAAUGCAAUCAUCACCUCCACUGUCUUUUUGAGAACACGCUUGGGAGUGGACAUAGUUCAUGCAAAUUACUACAUGGGUUCCCUCUAUUAUGCACUUCUCUUAUUUAUGGUAAACGGAUUCCCUGAGCUGGCUAUGACAGUUUCAAGACUUCCAGUUUUCUACAAGCAACGAGACUAUUACUUCUAUCCUGCAUGGGCAUAUUCUAUUCCUGCUGCUCUCCUUAAGAUUCCUGUCUCUUUAAUAGAAUCAAUAGUUUGGACAACAAUUACUUAUUAUAUUAUUGGAUAUAGUCCUGAGGCAACAAGGUACUUCCGCCAAUUGCUUCUACUCUUUUGUGAGCAUCAAAUGUCAUUAUCAUUAUAUCGCCUCGUCGCCUCCUAUUUUCAGACAGCAGUGGCUUCUACAGUCAAUGGCAUCUUAUGCUUACUAGUAAUUUUGUUAUUUGGCGGCUUCAUUGUUCCAAAACGUAAGACAUCUCCAAACUUGAUUAAAAAGCUGGUAUUAGUUUUGAUAAACAUAAUAUUACCUUUCUUUCACAUCGCAGCAUCUUUACCUGGUUGGUUAAAGUGGGGCUUCUGGAUUUCUCCAUUGUCUUACACAGAGAUUGGUUUAACUGUUAAUGAAUUUGGUGCAUCAAGAUGGCAAAAGAUAUUAUCAGGAAAUGAGACAAUAGGGAACCAAGUUUUAUCCAGCCGUGGACUCAACUAUAAUGGCUACUUCUACUGGAUAGCGAUAGGGGCACUUCUACUAUCAGUUUUUCUGAUGAAUGUUGGUUUCACUUUGGCUUUAACUCUUAAAAAGCCUGUCGGCGUUUCAAGGGCCAUUAUUUCUCGUGAAAAGCUCGCUCAGAUACAAAACAUGGAAAAUGAAGAGGGACAAGAAAACAGAAAUAGCCAUUCUACGAUUAGAUCACCUACAACCUUGAAAGAGCCUAAGAGAACUGGAAACAUGGUUUUACCAUUUAUUCCCUUCACAGUAUCAUUUCAAGAUGUGAAUUACUAUGUCGACACCACUCCGGAACUUAGAGAGCAAGGCUUUGCGGAAAAACGACUGCAACUUCUCCACAAUAUCACAGGAGCUUUCCAGCCAGGAAUUCUGACGGCACUGAUGGGAGCAAGUGGAGCAGGGAAAACCACACUAUUAGAUGUUCUUUCAGGAAGAAAAACAGGCGGAUACAUCGAAGGAGACAUAAGAAUUGGAGGGUACACAAAGGUCCAAGAGACAUAUGCUAGAAUAUCAGGUUAUUGCGAACAGUUUGAUAUACAUUCCCCACAAAUCACGGUAAAAGAAUCUGUCACAUAUUCAGCAUGGCUGCGUCUUCCACCUCAAAUUGAUGCGAAGACAAGAUCUGAAUUUGUAAAUGAAGUUCUUGAGAUAAUUGAGCUCGAUGGAAUCAAAGAUUCACUAGUUGGAAUACAGGGGGUCACUGGCCUGUCUACUGAGCAACGAAAAAGACUAACCAUAGCUGUAGAGCUUGUUUCUAAUCCAUCUAUUGUGUUUAUGGAUGAACCGACAUCGGGUCUAGAUGCACGAGCUGCAGCUAUUGUCAUGCGUGCAGUGAAAAAUGUUUCUGAAACUGGAAGAACAGUUGUAUGCACCAUCCACCAGCCUAGUAUUGAUAUUUUUGAAGCAUUCGAUCAGCUAAUUUUGAUGAAAAGAGGAGGAGAGUUGAUCUAUACAGGACCAAUUGGAAAGCAUUCGAGUAAAAUCAUUGAAUAUUUUGAGGGAAUACCUGGAGUACCGAGGAUUAGACACAAUCACAAUCCAGCUACAUGGAUGCUGGAUGUUACCAAUAGAUCGAUGGAGAUACAAUUGAGUGUAGACUUUGCUAAAAUUUACCAGGAAUCAUCUCUUUGCAACGAAAGCAAGGAGAUGGUUAAACGCUUGAGCACACCAUCACCCGACUUGAAAGAGCUCACUUUUCCGACUUGCUAUCCACAGAACAGUUGGGUUCAAUAUAAAGCAUGCCUGUGGAAACAGUGUUUGUCUUAUUGGAGGAGUCCUCAAUACAAUCUGGUGCGGAUUUUAUUUACGCUUUGCACAUCAGUUGCACUAGGUGCGGUAUUCUGGCAGCAAGGAAAGCAACUAGACAACCAACAAAAUCUGUUCAAUAUGUUGGGGUCGUUAUAUUCUGCCGCAAUCUUCAUUGGAAUAAACAACUGCUCGUCCAUUUUACCAUUUGUUUCAAUUGAGAGAACCGUUGUAUACCGGGAGAAAUUUGCAGGAAUGUACUCCUCAUGGAUCUACUCUCUCGCCCAGGUGACUAUCGAGAUCCCCUACGUGCUUAUACAAGUAACAAUUUAUAUGAUUGUUACAUAUCCAUCAAUUGGUUACUUCUGGACAGCCUCCAAGUUUUUUUGGUUCUAUUACACCAUGUUCUGCACGGUGCUCUACUUUGUUUACUUAGGGAUGUUGCUUGUAGCCAUGACCCCAAACAUUCAAGUGGCUUCGGUAUUGUCAUCUGUUUGCUACGGCUUGUUUAAUCUCUUUUCAGGCUUCGUUGUGCCAAGACCUCAAAUUCCCAAGUGGUGGAUUUGGCUAUACUACCUUACUCCGUUUUCCUGGUCACUGCAUGGGCUAUUUAGUUCACAAUAUGGAGAUAUACAGCGACAAAUUCCUGUGUUUGGAGAGCCCAAAUCAGUAGCUUCUUUCCUCGGAGAUUAUUUUGGUUUCAACCACAAUCUUCUAGUACUUGUUGCUAUUGUGCUUCUUGUUUUCCCUAUGACCUAUGCUUUCCUUUUCGGUUAUUGUAUUGGGAAACUAAAUUUUCAGAGAAGGUAAUCGAAGUUUGGGAUACAUGUAACUAAAAGAACUUUAAUAGUGUGAAAGAUUGUAUUAGUUAAGAGAUAUGAAUUA